AUUGACGCGCCUGCUGGAUCAAAAGCUAGCAGUAGUGGCAAGGCUAAAGAUAGCUCGAAGAAGCGCUUUGAAGUAAAGAAGUGGAAUGCCGUAGCCUUGUGGGCUUGGGACAUUGUAGUUGAUAACUGCGCUAUUUGCCGAAAUCAUAUUAUGGAUCUAUGUAUUGAAUGUCAAGCUAAUCAAGCUUCUGCUACUAGCGAAGAGUGUACAGUAGCUUGGGGAAUGUGUAAUCAUGCGUUUCACUUCCAUUGUAUAUCCCGUUGGCUAAAGACUCGUCAAGUCUGUCCUUUAGACAAUAGAGAAUGGGAAUUUCAGAAAGAAGUCCAAGAUUGA